CAUGUAGAAAGAUACAAUCCAUCGCUAUAUAUCGUCAUCGCAUUCUAUACUUAUCCAUUUCCCGGACCUGUACACCCUUUAAUUGCAACUUAUCUUUUGGUAUAUAUGGCGCACCAUGUUGCUUGAGGGAGGAACCUCCAAUGAAAAAAAAUUCCCCAAAUUUCAAUCGCCGGACUGGCUUUGCAAUGUCAAGUUGGAAUAAUUUUUUUUGACUGUUGUUCAUUACACGCAUUCACUUGUUACAAAAGCAAAAUUUUACCAUGGCAGACAAUCAAGAACUAUUGGACGAUGUCAUUUACUGUGCUCGUUAUGGUGAAUUGGACGAUUUGAAGCAAAAUAAACCCGCUCCCGAGUACUACAUUAAAGGAGACGAAAGCGGAAACACGGCACUCCACAUGGCAUGCGCGAACAACCACAUUGAAAUUGUGGCAUGGAUCUUGGGUCAGUUAGCCACGAUCGCGGGUGAGCAAGAACUUUCGCGAUAUGUCAAUGUUGUCAAUGAGCAAGGCAACUCGCCUCUGCACUGGGCCGCUCUCAAUGGCCAUUUGGAAGUCGUUGAAAUGUUGGUGAAAAAUGGUGCUGAUUGCAAGAUCAAAAAUACGGCCGGCAAGACUCCCAUUUACGAAGCUCAGCAGCGAUCUCAUGAAAAGGUGGCCGAGUUCUUCUUGCAAACAAUGAUUGACGAACAGCCAGAGGAAGACCCCAUGGAUGAGGACGAACAGUAUGUCGAGCAAGGAGUUCCCGAACCCGAAAAUAAGUAGAUCGCAUUCCCAAAAAAGCAUUAUCAUCCUUUCUAGUUUUUUCUUUAGCAUAUUGGAUUUUGAUCAGUUCAUUAGAAGGAAGAACAGCAACCUCCAUGAUUUUUUAGACAUCUCUUCAGAAUUCAGAAUAUACAUAUACACUUGAGCUUAUC